AGUGCGUCGCGUCGUGUUGGGUCAUUUAUCGUAACACGGUGAAUUAUAUUUAUAUGUUUAAUAUGUUGAAACCUCGCGUCACACCAUCACGCCGCCCGCUAAAAAAAGAUUUACUUGUAAAUUAAAUGUAAAUAUAAUUAAAUUCAUCGAGGUGAAAUGUUGUGGCUUUGUCUCCCUUUCCCCGCCACCCCCCUACUGGAGGUGUAAUGGUACUGCCGGCUUUGUUGCAGCACUUCCCUGAAGAAACAACAAAUAAUCAGGAUUUGCGUUUGAGUUGUUUUCAUUUUUAAAAAGGAGGAUUUUAGACAUGGAGGCCGUGUACACGCAGGGCAUCUGGAUGGCGGAAGGUCUCCAGCAGAGGACGAUGAGUCAGGAGAAAACGUGGCAAGUCAUCACUCACAUUGGAGAUCCCAAAGCUGCCUUUCUGCUCGUCUUCCCUUUCACAUAUUUCAUCAGCAAGCGAGCUGGAGUGGCGGUGCUGUGGGUGGCUGCUGUAUCGGAGUGGUUAAACUUGGUGUUUAAGUGGAUGCUGUUUGGAGAAAGGCCGUUCUGGUGGAUAGGUGAAUCACGUCUAUUUGUCAACAAGCAACCCAAAGUUCACCAGUUUUCCUCCACCUGUGAAACCGGCCCAGGCAGCCCGUCGGGACAUGCGAUGGUGACGGCAGCAGUCUGGUGGGUUGUGGUGUCCUCACUGGGGUCAUUUCUGUACUCACGUACUCACAGCUUGGUGUUAUCAGCUGCCCCCUACCUGCUGUAUGUGGUGAUGCUGGUGGCGGUUGGAAUCUCCAGGAUCUUUAUCCUCGCCCACUUCCCACACCAGGUCAUUGCUGGCUCCAUUACAGGUUUAAUUCUGGGGAUUGUUCUGAGCCGCAGAGUGCCAGAAGGUCGCCCUCUGCUGUUCUUCUUUUGCCUCAGCAUUGGUCUGCUGCUCAGUACUCUGAUGCUGCAUGCUGGACUGCAGCAGCUGGGAAUCGACCUCUCCUGGUCUAUUGCUUUGGCUAAGAAAUGGUGCAGCCAUGCAGAGUGGAUCCGUUUGGAUACAGCCCCAUUCUCCUCUCUGACUCGAGACUGUGGCGCCCUUCUGGGUUUGGGGCUGGCCCAGUACUGGAAGCCAGGCGGAUGGUCUCUGCCUUGGGCCCCACGGGCUUUGUCUCUGGCCAUUUCCUCAAUGGGACUGUACCACGUCCAUCGUCUGCCACUCCCCGUCCGACCACAAGGCCUCUUCUACGGCCUGUUCUUUGUUAAGUUUGUCAUAGUGCCUCAGAUUGUCAUGGUUCUUGUGCCUGGACUGGUUUAUCUUUUUACACACAAAAAGAAGAAAGACUAGUCUUUCACUCCUUCAAGGACAGAUUCUGUAAAUACUGUAGAUGUCUAGUUAAUGAAUUUCAUGGCUACUCUUGUGGGUAAAGGUUCUAGUCACUCCAUGCUGAUUUUCCUUCUCACAAUUCACCAGGCAGGGGUGUGUUACUUUUGGAGAGUACAUGAGGCAUUAAUGUGGGGAUUGUUUCAGAUGUUUAAUUUACUGCAAUAAAAAAAUGUAUAUAACUGUAAGUGUUGUAAAUACUACAGUAUUGUAGUUUUCUGUGGGAAAAGUGCAGUUUUGAUGCUUUACUAUUUGAAAAAUGUACUGGACAGGGUCUAGCUUUUGAAUGUUACUUGAGAUAAACAUCUUGCACAGUGUCAGUCAUUUGUAGUCACGUUAUUAACAACAUUUCAGCUCUGAGACCUUCAUCAGGUAAAAGAAGAUUGUGUGAAAAAGAUCCAGAGAUAUUAUCUUUUUUUUAUACCACACAUUCUUCCCUCUCAAAACCUGGCCCACAUUACCCACAAUGCAACUCAACCACCAACGGUUUAGUCUGAGGUUUGGGUGUGUCAUUCUAGUAGUAGCUACUGUAGCCUCGAGCUGUUCGCCUCAAUCAGAGAGCGAGCUGCAGAGGUCUGGUAAGCUCACCUCUUUCUUCGCACCCGCAGAUCUUCUUUCAUUUUCAAACCUGCAGUCUUCAGGCCUAACCGACACCGACUCGAGCGACAUUACUUGCGGUUGUCAGACUUUGCAGAGCCCCUGAAGGCUUCAUACACAAGGGUUUUCACUGUAAACAGACUUUGAUGUGUUAGCUGGGUGGAGUUCCCCCUCUAAAACAUUCUGUGUAAAAUUCAACAAUUCAAAAACUCAGAUGGAACAUUUCCAGAAAUGAUCGACCAUCUUUAGGUCAAACUGCUGCUCAUACUUGGGUUAAACAGAUGUAUGACAAUGUAAAUUACUUGAACACGUAACUACAUAAUGAAAUCCAAUGCAACAACACCAUUAGUGUUUUUUGGGGGGGGGUUGUACUGGAUUGCAUCAUUUUGUACACACGUCUGUUACUCUAUCGACAUGCUGGUGUUAUAUGUUGUAAGAAAAUUACAUUUAUAUGUUGUAUACAAAUAAUCUGUAAAAUAAAUGACUGACAUGCA